ACCUUGAAAGAUGCCCUUGAUAGAGUAUUACGUUUACCUUCAGUGGCUAGUAAACGUUACCUAACAAACAAGGUAGACAGAUGUGUGACAGGACUAGUGGCCCAGCAGCAGUGUGUUGGACCCUUACACACACCGCUGGCUGAUGUAGCUGUUACAGCACUGACUUAUUUUGAUAAAGUAGGAUCAGCCACUGCUAUAGGAGAACAACCAAUCAAAGGCUUGAUAGAUCCAUCCUGUAUGGCAAGGAUGUCUGUUGGGGAAGCUCUAACUAAUUUGGUGUUUGCCUGUAUAACAGAUCUGAAGGAUGUGAAAUGUAGCGGGAACUGGAUGUGGCCAGCCAAGUUACCAGGUGAAGGGGCAGCCUUACUGGAUGCCUGUACAGCCAUGUGUGAUGUCAUGAAGAAACUUGGUAUAGCUGUUGAUGGAGGCAAAGAUUCACUCAGUAUGGCUGCCAGGGUGGGGGAAGAAACUGUCAAAGCACCUGGUACUUUGGUGAUAUCAGUAUACGUAGGAUGUCCAGAUAUAACAGACACUGUUACACCAGAUCUCAAAUGUCCGGAUGGUCAAGGCAGUUUACUGUACACAGACUUGAGUUGUGGUAAACAUAGAUUAGGAGGAUCUUCAUUAGCUCAUUGUUAUGGUCAGUUAGGUAACAUCUCACCUGACCUAGAUGAUCCGGAUAUGUUUGUCAGUGCCUUCAAUCUCACACAGAAACUUAUCAAAGACAGGAAGUUGGUUUCUGGUCAUGAUAUAAGUGACGGAGGAUUGAUAACAUGUGUUUUAGAGAUGUCCUUUGCUGGUAACUGUGGACUAGACAUUGACAUUUCUUGUGAUUCAGAUGUGCCAUUUAUUGAUUUGUUGUUUGCUGAAGAACUUGGAUUUGUAUUUGAAGUAUCAAAGAAAAAUGAACAAGAAGUAUUAGAUGCCUUUUCUGCAGUAAAUAUUCCAUGUUUUUUUAUUGGACAUUCCACAAAAGAUACCAAAAAGAUAAAUAUAUCGGUAAACAAACAGGAGGUAUUACAUGAAGACAUGACAGGUCUCAGAGAUAUCUGGGAAGAAACCAGCUUCCAGUUAGAGCGUUUUCAAACAGACUACCAGUGUGUACAGCAGGAACAGCAAGGAUUGAAAGAGAGGCUAGAGCCUCCUUAUCAUAUUCCAUUUGAAUCCGAAAUCAUCAGUUUUGUUCCCAGAGGUAGACCAACAAGUAUACCACCAAUCAAGGUAGCAGUUUUACGUGAGGAAGGUAGUAAUAGUGACAGAGAAAUGGCCGCUGUAUUACAUAUGGCAGGCUUUGAAGUUUGGGAUGUCAACAUGCAGGAUAUGUGUUCAGGAAAGAUAACUCUUGAUCAAUUCAGAGGAGUUGUUUUUGUUGGUGGAUUUAGCUACGGUGAUGUAUGUGGAUCUGCUAAAGGUUGGGCAGCAUCAAUUUUAUUUAAUCAGAACAUCAGAGAACAGUUUUUAAAGUUCAGAAAUCGCCCUGACACUUUCAGUUUAGGAGUUUGUAAUGGAUGCCAGUUAAUGGGUCUACUUGAUUGGGUAGCUCAAGAUGAAGACCAGAAAGAAAAUGUGUCUAGUGGAGUAGGCCAAGGUGUAUUUUUAGACCAUAAUGAGUCAGGUAGAUUUGAGUGUAGAUUUGUAACUGUUAGAGUUCAAUCGAGUCCAUCUAUCAUGUUCCGUGGUAUGGAGGGUACAGUGUUUGGUAUGUGGAGUGCCCAUGGAGAAGGUAAAAUGAUAUUCAAAACACCAGACAUCCAAAACGAUGUAUUACGAAUGAACUUGGCUCCUGUCCGAUAUGUGGAUGAUUCUGGAAAUCCCACUAUAGUUUAUCCCUUCAAUCCUAACGGCUCACCAGAUGGCAUUGCUGCUCUCUGUUCGGAGGAUGGUCGUCACUUAGCCAUUAUGCCCCACCCUGAACGAUGUUUCUUGCCGUGGCAGUGCCCCUGGAUGCCAUUUGGAAUGAAGGAGAAAUUAGAUGUUUCACCUUGGUAUAAAAUGUUUCAGAAUGCAUUUGACUGGUGUGUUGAACAAGUUUGAUUGUAAUGGUUGUGUUAAGCGUAGAUUUUUAUGAGCAUUUUUAUUUGAAUGAAUUAUUGACAAUGAUAUUGUAGAAAAUUUGUUAGUAGAAUGAAUCUCAUUAUAAGGUUAUUGAUCUGAAUGACCAGUGCACUGUUGUUUUUCUUUUAGAUAUUUUGUAAAUCCCUGUGUAAUGGAAGAACAAUACCACUUUAUGUGUGAUGUAGUAUUGAAAUUUUCACCUAAGAUAUUUUCCUGAGAAUAUGGGAGAGAUAAAGCAUAGUAUUUAAAAAACAGUUUGUAUCAUAAAAUUCUAAAAGUUAUUUCAUUUACUCAAAUAAGUCAUUGUAAAGUAAAAGAUUAUCUUCAUGUACAUUAGUAAGAAAAUAUUUUGAAACAACAUGAAUUUAAUUCGAACAAAUAUUUUAUUGACAUGAAACUAUUCUUUUCAAAUAAAGACAAUUAAAUGAUGAACGUUAUUUCUUACAAAGCAACUGACUAAUAUAUAACAUUGAGUUCAAAUGUAUAACAGCUUCCUCCCAUUAAAAUAGGUCAAUCUGAUUUAAAUUAUGUAUAUCAAUGAUUUAUAUUAAUUGAUGGGAAAUUACACCUUUUCAGUGUUUUUUAAUAUGUAAGGUUUAUCAAACCAUUAAGGGGUCUUAGGCAAUGUUUCAAUCAUAAAUCUUUUAUGUUUCAUCAUAGCUCUCACUUACUUAAAUUAUGAUUAUCAAUAAUUUGUAUACACUGAUGGAAAAUAACACUUUUUCAAUGUUUUGAUAUGUAAGGUUUAUCAAGGCAAUUAGGGGAAUUAGGCAAUGUUUCAACCAUAAAUCAUUUAUGUUUCAUCAUAGCUCUCACUUACUUAAAUUAUGAUUAUCAAUAAUUUGUAUACACUGAUGGAAAAUAACACUUUUUCAAUGUUUUGAUAUGUAAGGUUUAUCAAGGCAAUUAGGGGAAUUAGGCAAUGUUUCAAUCAUAAAUCAUUUAUGUUUCUUCUCACCUCUCACUUACUGAAGUAGGUUGUUUGCAUCUCAUUUUUCUGUAGCUUGAGACAAAAAAUCAUUAUAAAGUCAUGUUUGUUUGAUAUUAAUUACAACAGCUAUCUGUUUUUCCAUAUGAAAAUAUUUCAUGUUUAAUCCACAUCUUGUCUGGACAUGCUACAUGGAACUUUGUGCAACCUUUUGUCAAUAAUCUUACUCGCAUGAUUAACAUUUACACAUAAUAUCUAAUUACUGCAUCACAAUCAGUAUUGGGUUUACUGUGAAUGAUAUGAAUUUUAAUGGAUCUUCACAUUUCUUUCUGCUUUUUCUCCUUCACCCCUAUUCAGAAUUUAAUGAAACUCUCUCAAAAUCUUCACCAAACAAUGUCAUUGAGAAUGACAUAUUCUGUUCUGUUUUCUUUAGACAAUCAUCUAAUGUGCCAUAAUUGCAUGAUCUUAUUUGUUUCUGUUACUCCUCCUUAACCCUGUAUUAGACACUUCCUAUCAGGGCUCUGAAAGGUUGUAGUAACGGAGAAUUUAGGAAUCAAAUUCCUGGAUAACUGUCCAUAUAUUUUGUUCUUAAUCUUAAUUAGAAAAAAAUUAUUCGUCCAAAGAUGAUCUGUCAUGGAUAUAUAAUGCAAUGAUCUCUAAAAUUGGAUCUCAAUGUAUUUUUCUGCCUUGAUGAAUUUGAUUAAUUACUGUGACAUCAUUCAGUUUGGUAUAUAGUUUAUUGUUAGUAAAUAACUAUUAUGAAUAUUGAUGUAUUAGUUCUACCUUUGUGCCAUUUUUAAAAUAUAGAUUGUUUCUUGAUAAAAUGUUCUAGUAUUUUUUUUUUUUUUUUUUUCAUGAUUUUGUCUUCUUCAUAUGGAACUACAUGUAUCUGUGUUUUAAAAAAAACAAAACAUUAUCACAAGUAAUGUAUUCAUAAAAGAUGGUUCCUCACUACAGACAUGAAAUCCCAUCAUAUGAAAGGCAAGUACAGGCACAAUGUAUUAAUAUUAUGGAAUAUAUGGCCACUACUAACCGCAAUAUAUACUAAUGUGUUAAUUGAUACAUUUGAGAUUCUUUUGUUCUAGGGUAUAUUUUUGAUAAUUAUUUUAUUA